GAGUGGACAGAUGCAGUGGGGGAUUUUCUCAGUCAGUGUGUGAGGGAGCCGUGUGCUCAGGACUUGGGUAUGGACACAGAACAUACACACUGAACAGGAGAGACGGCCAUGAUCUCACUCCCGCAGUAGGAUGUAGGAGAAAAGUAGAAGAAGAGAAAGAAGAAGGAAAGAAAGAGAGACAACAAGAAGAACAACAGGAUUAUUAUAUCUAUAGAAUAGAAGACAAAAAGGGAGACAUAAUUCAUUGAGUGUUGUGAUUUGGGACACAACCUGGAGUGGCUGGUUCACUCCACUUUUUCCACCGCCCUUCCUACUUUUUUGUCUGUCUCCCCAUCCAGACCCUGCACACUCUUUUACUCAGGGUUAGCCAUACACACCCCUUCUGACAUCAUGUGUCAUGUGAUUGUGACGUGCCGCUCGAUGCUCUGGACGCUCCUCAGUAUCGCCGCGGCCUUCAGUGAGCUCAUUGCUUUCCUUAGCACUGAUUGGCUGGUGGGGUUCCCACGCGUACCUGAUUCUGCCCUGGAGGCAUCCAGUGAGGCCUACCGCCCUACACUGGGGCUUUUUGGGCGGUGUGUUUUUGUGGGCAGAGUCAUGUGUGGCCCUUACGCACUGACAUUCAAUGAGAUUGCGAGUGGAUUCUGGAAGGCGGCAGCCAUUUUUCUGGCGACUGGAAUCCUGCUUCUCAGCGCUGUGGCCUUCACCUCCAUUUUCACCAUCUGCUUCCAGAGCAUCAUGAGGAAGAGCAUCUUCAAUGUGUGUGGACUACUGCAGGGCAUUGCAGGUCUGUUCCUGAUCCUGGGUCAGUUGUUGUAUGCAGCAGGGUGGGGCAGUGAGAAGGUGAAGCAGUACUGCGGAGUAAACUCAUCAGCAUAUAACCCAGCAUUGUGCUCAGUGGGCUGGGCUUUUUACACGGCACUGCUCGGCACUGUGCUCAGCUUCAUCAGUGCCGUUUUCAGCGCACAAGCCGAGAUCGCCACGUCCAGCGACAAAGUCCAGGAGGAGAUCCAACAGGGCAAAAACCUCAUCUGCCUCCUCUGAGAGAACCACAGGAAAAACAGAGGCCCUGAUGUCAGUCAUGUUAAUGCCAGUGUGACUGAAAUCUAAUGACAAGAGAACAUAACCACUUUAAUUUCAUCUCACCACUAACUCUGCUCUUUGUCUUCUGAUGUGGGAGAAAAUCCCUCCUUCUUCAUUUUUGUCCUUUGCCCUUUACUUAUUCAUUUGGGGUUUUUUUUGGUAGGUUGCUUAGAUUUGUUUUCCACUCACUGAAAUGAAGAAUGAAAUUGUAAAUAAGUGUGUAUAUAAUGUACAUAAUGAUGAUGAUGAUGAUGAAGAUUAGGAAACAUCUCAGAGAUGAAGGUGCUGAAACCACUAAUCCACUGUCACUUACUGUUAUGGGUCGAAGUUCUGCACAUGUUUAACCAGGACGCAGGAAGUUUACUCCCACUGUUCCUGGAUCAGUUCCUGGUUUUAAAACACAAGUAGACCUGCACAGGUGACACUGACUCUGGAUCAAUGGACCAAAGGAGACAAGACCUUUGUUAAGACUCUUCUGUGGUAUUUUACAGGACUCUUUCACAUUUUCAUACUUUCUCUGCUCAAAACUUUUCUCUUUACUCUUAUUAUUCUUAUAUUUUCUUUCCACUCACUCCAUUAUGUUCAUAUUUUCCCGCAUUAUUUCCGUGUCCUUGUUUACUUCCUCCCAGUCUCAGGACAGGAUGCAAGAGGAUGAGAGAUUAACAGGAACAGGAAAAAAGAAAAGCCCAUUUUCCAAGUCAUUUGUUCUUAUACAUCCAUACAGUGUAUGUUUGUGCGUGUUUUGAAAUAGAGAGAGAGGGAGAGAAAUCACCAGCCACAUAAUCACUGCUGUCUGCCAAAUAAAUAAACCUGACUGAA